AUGAAAGGCUUGGCUGGUAUUCUACUAUUUCUGUUAGUUGCUGAUGCUGCAGCACAAUUUGGAUUCGGCUCAAGUUCUUUUGGUGGAUAUGGCAGUGGUCUAUCAAGCGGAUACGGUAGAGGAUACGGUGGAGGAUUCAGCGGUCUUGGCGGAUACGGUGGAGGAAGCCGAUUUGGAAGAAGCUACGGUGGCCUUGGAGGCAGUGGCUAUGGCAGACUUGGCCGCAGUAGUUAUGGUGGUUUUGGCCGCGGCGGCAGCGGCUAUGGAGGAUUCGGCCGUGGUGGCGGUGGCUAUGGCGGAAUGAUGGGACGUAGAGGAGGAAUGAUGGGACGUAGUGGAGGAUUUGGUGGAAUGGGUGGUCGAUCUGGACGAUCUGGCUAUGGAAUGUUUGCAAGACGUGGAGGUGGUUUCGGAGGAAUGGGACGCAGAGGAGGUUUCGGUAUGCGCAGAGGAGGAUUCGGUGGACGAAGGGGAGGAUUUGGUGGACGCCGUGGCCGCCGAUUCUAA